CGUGAAUUGCUGGAUUGACAUGCUGCGAGAAAAUUCUUAAAUCUGCUUUUCCUUCUUCCUUUAUUUUCUGUGACGCAUAAACCUUAUUCUAAUGGCUCUUCGUCCCAGUCCUGAUGAAAUAACGGACGAGCAAUUGAUGCUCUUAGAGACAAUUCGAGUAAACCAUGACGAAGCAUAUUUGUACAUCUCCCAAGGUCUAUCCUACCAAGAACAAGGACAGUCUUCUCUGGCCAGGGAUAUGUAUGAUAAAGGACUUCUGAAGAUAGACCAGGCGCUGAACGUCCGCUGCGACCAGCCGUACUGCUCCGGGCCCAAGUGGGACAACGCGCGCAGGCUGCAGCAGAAGAUGCGCAAGACAGCGCAGAUGGUACGAUCCGAGUUCAACGACGUGGCCAGCCCGCCCUACGCACCACCGGAGCUGCCGCCCUCGUACGAUGAGGCGUGCGAGCAGACCCCCAGGAGGUCCUCCUGCCCUGGAGUGGUGGUGGCAACAGCAGCAGAGGGUAGGAGGCGCAGCACGGAAGUGGUGGAGCUGUUCUGUGUCCCGGAUGAGGUGCAGCUCUUCUACGUAUCAUGCGAUGGCUCGGUGAGCACCCACUCGUCUCACACCUCCCUCAAUGUGUACCAAUUCGUGGACCACGAGGAUGCCGCCCGUCGGCCUCCCGCCUGGCUGCAAGUGGGAAGCUGGACCUACCCCCUCAUCCCGGGGCAGUCCCCUGCCCUGGAGAGCGGAUACGGGGCGUUCCUCUUCCCGGAUGUGGGAGCCGGCAGAGACUCUGCGGUGGGUGUCAUCCUGCCCCCCUCGGUGGAUGCCCGGGGCAGGGCUGAGUUCUUGGGGCUCCUCAACUCCCUGACCGCCCUCAAGGAGGAGAAGCGAGUGGGGGUGGAGGAAGAGGGAGGCCCCGCCUCCUUCAGUGAAUCCCUCUCCCGGGGGAUUGUUAUAGGUGCGGAGUACAUCUCUGCGGGGCUGGUAAAGGGAGCAGCCCUGAGCAGCGACCUCAUCCACCGGGGAGCCUCCAAGGCCAGGGAGAAGAUCAGCCCCGAGGACAAGCCGGUGGCCGUGGACCCCAGGGUGCGGCAAGGACUAGUCAUCGCCAGGGAAGCCUCCGGGGUGGCCCUCAAGGCCACCGGGUUCCUAGUCAAGAAGCUGGGAGACUUGACUGUCGCUCUGGGCAAGCAGCUGGCACCCCACAUCCGAGAGCAAGGGACAAAACUGUUGACUAGCGCCUUCAAGAGAGAUCCCAAAGAUGCCCAGGACACCAUGGAUGGGGUGCUCACUGUUGCAGCAGGGGGACUCCAAGGCUUUUCUACUGUGUACAUGGGACUAGAAAAUGCAGCCAAAACUUUGGCCUACAGUCUUAGCUCAGAAACUGUGAAUAUCGUUGACCACAAGUAUGGCAGCGAAGCCGGUGAAGUGGUGGGAAAUGCAGUCUUUUCCAUCGGCAACCUAGCUCUUACGACACACAACCUGCACUCCCUGGGGCCCAAGUCAGUGGCCAAGAGGACCGCCAAGGAUGCUGGCAAAGCUGUACUCAAGGAUUAUGUCGAACACCAGCGGAAGUGAAGACUCAUUCAUUUUGUGCCUCAU